AGCACGUUUAAUGAGAACAGCUGCUCAGCAAACUGACAUUUAGAGCUUUUGUGGUGAUGAAAAUCGUGCACUUUAAGUAGGGCACCAAACUUCUAAAUCUUUUGUUCAAAGUUUCUGCAUUUGCCAAAGUACCACAAAACUAGGUCACUGGCCUCUUUAAGAUGUUUCAUUCUCGCAGCAGAGAUCACUUUAGUCAGAUACCUCUCACGAAGCAAGUCAUCAGAGGAAAAUGUGACAAUGGACAAAACAUUUUUGGACUAUAUCUUGAGAAGAAAAUCUUACAGGCAUUACGAAGACAGCAUGAAAUUCAAAACAUCUCCUGUGCACAGAUGGCAGAGCUGCCGAAUCACGCUGAGUGGGUUCUAAGCGAUUGAGAGAGAUGAGCCAACAUGAAUUUCUCCCCAAACCUGUGGAGAUCUAUAAUUAUACUCCUCUGCUUUUCCAUCAAGCGUUUCCCUCUGCUCCCUGCCGGCUGCCAGCAUUUAAAAGUCCACGGCUACGUGACGGUUAAACCAGCUCCACCUUUCCUCUUGGGCUCAAACCUGACAGUUUACUGCCACGUCACAGACAUCAUAUCAUGUCAGCAGAGUUUCAAAAUAAAACUGGAGCUGAACGAUAAGACUGUGGGCUCUUGGGAAAGAGUCAACUGCACCACGAUGAUCUUCAGCCUGUUCAACCUCCACAAGCCUCAAUCUAAAGUGGUCUGCAAAGCGGAUCAGCCGCCAAGGAUUGUCGAUGGACUGGACCUACAUGGAGGCCGCCCUCCAGAUAAACCUAAAAAUAUUAUCUGUGAAACAUCAAAGAGCUCAGAUUUAAUAGACUGCUCAUGGGAAAGAGGACAGAAAACAUACCUCCCUACAACCUACAACAUCUCAGUCAGCAGAGAAAAUGGGACCCAAAUACUGUUGGAUCAAAUCCAGGAUGCUGGAGAAAGCGUCAUACAGCGAGCAAUAAUAGACGAAAACACUAAAUACCGGCUGACUGUCACUGCUUACAACCACUUUGGAGCAUCGCAGUCUGAUCCGUUCGUCUUCUGUGUAAAGGAUAUCGUGAUACCAGAGACUCCUCGUAUUGCGCAGAUAUCAUUUGGAAAUAACGCCAUAGCAGCUGUGAUUCGAUGGGAAACAGCAGAAUCCUCAGAGCAUCUCAGAUCUGAUGUUCGGCUCCGUACAGAUAACAGCUUCCAGGACGAAGUGGGAGAGGUAGUAGAGCUCAGUGAGGGUCUGGUACAAGUGGACGGUCUGAGGCCUCUGACUGAAUAUGAGUUCAGGAUGAGAUCAUGUUACUCGCCAUCAGGACCGACGCAAACCAACACGUCCGGGUCGACCUCCAGCAGGAGGUCGUCCUGCAGCAAAUGGAGCCGACCUGUGAGGGAGCGAACUCCUGGAAAAGGUCCAUCUCAGCGGCUGCGUGUGUGGAGGACGCUGGGCAGCGUGGGGACAGACGGGCUGCGAAUGGUGACUGUUCUCUGGAAGCCUCUUUCUUCAGAGGAUUACAGUGGUGCGCUGCAGGAGUACAAGAUAUUUCUGGAUGAUGACCAGAAACAGGAGGUGACCUGCGGUGCUGCUUUGAGCCGCUGUUCAGUUCCAGCACCAGCAGAGCUCCGCGCACUGAGCAUCAGGGCCGUCACCUUGUACGGGACGUCUCCACCAGCUGAGGUGCCUCUCCGACACUCAGGUGAUUUUGGGCCCAUUUUGAAAGAGUUGGCUCCUGUACCUAAUGGCAGUGUUGUGUUUGUCUCCUGGUUGUGGCCGGAGGACAAACAUCAGUCAACAUCUGGAGGAGAAACGCUGCACUUUGUGUUAGAAUGGACAAGUGUCCCUGCGGCAGGACUGCAGUGGAAAAGAGUGGCUAAAGAUCAAAACAACACUUCCAUCACAGGUCUGACUGCAGGCGUGAGGUACAACAUCUCUCUGUACGCUGUGACCACCAGAGGUGUCAGUGCUCCAUCAUCCGGUCUGGUCUACUCCAGAGAACUCAAGCCAGUUUUUGGUCCCAGUUUGUCAGUACUGACUCAUGAGACCAGACGGAUCUGGAUCCGGUGGGACGAGCUGCCUGUCGAGAAGCAGAGAGGCUUCAUCACAAACUACACCAUCUACCUCCAGAUGCUGGACUCCAGCAACACAAAACUCAACAUGACGGUGCCCGGGUCCGGCCCCAGACAGAUGUGGCUCGACUGUCCUGAAGGAGCUCUGGCGGUGCAGCUGACUGCGUACACCUCAGCAGGAGAAGGACAGCCGGGGAGCCGGGUCUGCUCUCAGCCUGAAACUGCUGCAGUUGGCAUGGUGAUCGUGACUCUUUUCAUCCUCACCCUCUUCAUAGCGAUCAUUGCCAACCUGAUGUGCUGGAGUUGUGUGAGGAACAGGAUCAAACAGAAGUGUAUAUCCUGGGGACCUGCCUGGCUCGGGGAAAACUUGCCAAAACCAGGAAACAGUAACGCCAUCAGACUACUGGAGCAGUACAGAAGUGAGCCGUCCUUUUCGUCCACAGACAGCGAUCCUCCGCUGUCCCCCAUCAGUUUCAUCUCCCAGGAGGAGAGGGACGACGUCUACCCCAACAUCCAUGUUGAAAUAUCCCACUUGGAAUCAGGACCAUCCACGGAGACUCCUCUGCUCGUGUCAGAUCUCGGGACGAUGCUUGUCAACAGGCAGCUGGAACAUGUCGGCUAUAAACCUCAGAUUGCUUCGUUCCCUCCACAAGGAGAGGAGGUGAAGGAGACAGAUGAAGAGCAAAGAGACUUAUCAACGAGUGGGGAGGAAGACAGAUGUGUAUUUGGAGGAUUACUGGGAGGCUUUCUGUCCAGUGUGGAGGUGGACUGCAGUGGUCCACGUCUGGAGCUGACUCCCAGCACUGUUAGCGAUGUUUUGUGGCCAAAAACUCCUGAAAUAACAACUAUCUUAAAUGGAGGCUUGUUACUGGGGAGAAGGGAGAUUGAGAACGAUGUGGAAACAGACUCGCCCUUUUUGGAUUUACAACAGGGAGAAAUAAUGACCGCUGACACAGCGGACACUUUAUAUCAGUAUACAAUUGAGGCAACACUGACUGGUGGUUAUUUCCCCCAAGCAGCUCCUGUGAGCAGCACCACACUGUGACGCACAGACAUAGCAGGGACGGUAUGAAUGACACAAACAGGACAAUCUACACUACUGAACUGAUUUUAAAGAAAGCAUUAUAUUCAAACACCACCUCACCUCCAAGUGAUGACCUCAGUGGCCAAGUUUGCAUUGGAAAUAAUGAAAUAUGUAUAAUGGAAACACUUUUGUUUUGAAAAAACUCCCUAUUUAUCGCAAAAAUACU